CUAGGGAGUAACAGCGUAACGCUGAGCGCGGGAGCUUCUUCCACACCACACCGCGGGCAGCCGCGCGCAGGAAGUCCGCUCCCCGACCAAGAUCAUCAAGCUUCACUUUGCUUUGGUGGGGUUCCUCACACCUCGCGAACGCGAACUUUAAUCAGGGGCCGUCAUGGACGUUCUGGAAUCCCGACGUCACAAUGCGAGCGGAUACGUCAUAGAGCCGAUGGUUUUCUUGAUGGUUCCAAUGGCAUGAGAGCGCUCGUGGAGCCGUGCUCGCGUGCGACUUGCCUCCUGUUCGUUGUCCCGAGUUUGAUUUAAAGUUGAGGGGCAAGAUGGCCGAUCCCGUGCAGGGAGACCCCCGCGGGCAGGUGGUGUGUGAUCGUCUUGGCCUCGGCCACAACCUGGACCUGUCGGACGCCAUGGUCCAGCAGCGGUUGGACGAGAUCAAGGACCAGAUCAAACGCAAGAUCCGCAAAGAGCUGAAGAUCAAGGAAGGAGCGGAGAACCUCCGCAAGGUCAUCACAGACAAGAAGAGCCUGGCCUACGUGGACAACUUGCUGAAGAAGUCCAACAAGAAUGUACAGAUGUUGCACCAGGACCUGCAGGAGCUUAAUGCUCACAUAGUGGUGAAGGACCCAGAGGAACUCUUAGUUUCUGAGUCCCCCCGGACCCCCGACACCCCCAACUGCAAGGCUCACGCCACCGCCAGCAGCAGCCGGCUGGCGGCUCUGAAGAAGCAGAACGACAUCGAGCUCAAAGUCAAACAGGGAGCCUUGAACAUGAUCCAGAUGUACUCCAACGGCACGUACAAGGACCGCAAGCUGCUCGCCACUGCACAGCAAAUGCUGCAGGACAGCAAGACGAAGAUAGAGUUCAUUAGGAUGCAGAUCCUCAAAGCUAGCCAGGCCAACGAGACGAGCUACGAGAACAGCGAUGUGUCUGCGAACAAGUCCCUGGUCAGCCCGCUGGACCUGCGGCUUGAGGAACUGCGGCAUCACUUCCGGAUCGAGCUGGCGGUGGCGGCGGGCGCCAGGAACGUGAUGAAGCUCCUGGGCUCGGGGAAGGUGGCUGAGAAGAAAGCCCUUUUAGAGGCUCAGGCGCGCCUGAACGAGUCGAGUCAGAAGCUGGACCUGCUGCGCUACUCCCUGGAGCGGAGGCUGAGGGAGCUGCCCCAGAACCACCCGAAGGCCAGCGUCAUCUCCGAGGAGUUGGCCAUGGCGGCCUCACCUCCUCUGAGCCUGCGCCUGAGCAUCAUCUCCUCCCACAACCAGUACAGCACCGUGGCCAAGCCCGCCGCCCUCACGGGAACGUUAGAGGUGAGCCUCAUGGGCUGUCAGGACUUGCUGGAGAACGUUCCGGGCCGAUCCAAAGGGAUACCCGUGUCCCUGCCCUGCUGCAGCCCCAGCGAGACACGCUCUUCCUUCAUGAGCCGCUCGACCAAGAACAAAUCGGGCGGCAGCAGGAACCUCCUGAAAGCCGACGAGCUGUCCAAUGAGAUCAGCACUGUUCUGAAACUGGACAACAUGGUGGUGGGCCAGACCAGCUGGAAGCCUGUCAGCAACCAGUGCUGGGACCAGAAGUUCACUCUGGAGCUUGACCGGUCUCGUGAGUUAGAGAUGGCCGUGUACUGGAGGGACUGGCGUUCUCUGUGUGCUGUGAAGUUCCUGCGUCUAGAAGACUUUCUGGACAACGAGCGCCAUGGCAUGUGCCUCUACCUGGAACCGCAAGGAACACUGUUUGCAGAGGUUACAUUUUUCAAUCCUGUUAUUGAGAGACGACCAAAGCUACAAAGACAAAAGAAAAUCUUCUCAAAACAGCAAGGUAAAACAUUCCUGCGUGCCCCCCAGAUGAACAUCAAUAUCGCCACGUGGGGCCGCUUGGUGAGAAGAGCCAUCCCCUCCGUCAACAACUCCUUCAGUCCACCUGUGGCGGAGCUGGGCUCAGCACUGAACCCCGAGUCCGGCCCUCAUGGUCACCCGGACUUGUCCAGGGACCCGACCGUGACCAAAUUAAACUUUGACAAGACGGCCUCCCCUCCUGCCACCCGGCACGCCCGCACUGCGGAGCUGGAGGAAGAAGAGGAACCCGUGAUGCAGGACAAAGUCCCAGAAGGGAAGGAGGUUCAGGAUGCGUUGGCCACCUUCGACUUUCUGAACGACAGUCGCAACAGUUCCACGCUCAAGCCGGACUACGAUUCCCAGGUGGAAAACGAUGGCCAGCAGCCUGAGCUGGCACUGACGAACCAACAGACAACGGGAACAAGGGAGGAGCAGGACAGCCAGUUCACUCUCGCAGACUUUAGAUGUGCGGCGGUCCUGGGUCGCGGACACUUUGGAAAGGUCUUACUGGCUGAGUACAAGAGUACUGGGGAAAUGUUCGCCAUCAAAGCCUUGAAAAAGGGGGAUAUAGUGGCUCGAGAUGACAUGGACGGCGUCAUGUGCGAGAAGAGGAUCUUCGAGACGGUGAACAGCGCGAGGCACCCUUUCCUGGUGAACCUGUUUGCCUGCUUCCAGACCCAGGAGCACGUGUGCUUCGUGAUGGAGUACGCCGCCGGGGGCGACCUGAUGAUGCACAUCCACACUGACGUGUUCUCGGAGCCACGCGGAGUCUUCUACGCAGGCUGCGUGGUUCUAGGCCUGCAGUUCCUGCAUGAGCACAAAAUUGUGUACAGGGACUUGAAGCUGGAUAACCUGUUGCUGGACUCUGAAGGAUUCGUAAAGAUCGCCGACUUUGGUCUCUGCAAAGACGGAAUGGGAUUUCAAGACCAUACCAGCACUUUCUGCGGCACUCCGGAGUUCCUGGCCCCUGAGAUCCUGACGGAGACCUCGUACACCCGCGCGGUGGACUGGUGGGAGCUGGGCGUGCUCAUCUUUGAGAUGCUGGUGGGAGAGUCGCCCUUCACAGGUGAUGAUGAAGAGGAGGUGUUUGACAGUAUAGUCAACGAUGAAGUCCGUUAUCCACAGUUUCUCUCCACUGAGGCUAUCUCCAUAAUGAGACAGCUGUUGAGAAGAAACCCCGAGCGACGUCUUGGUGCAGGGGAGAGAGAUGCAGAGGAAGUGAAGAAGCAUCCAUUUUUCAGAAACUUGGACUGGGCUGCAUUGCUGGCCAAGAAAAUUCGCCCUCCGUUUGUGCCAACCCUCAAAGGUUGCGAUGACGUCAGUAACUUCGACGAAGAGUUUACCUCGGAAGCUCCGAUACUGACCCCGCCCCGGGAGCCUAGGUUACUGACAGACAGAGAGCAGGAGCUUUUCAAGGACUUUGACUACAUAGCUGACUGGUGUUAGCCCCACCCCAUGAUCUUCACAGGCCCCACCCACACACUCAAUACUGUGAAGCCCACUGCCAUAUCGAGCAACUCUCUCCCUGAGGACUGACUGACUACACUUCUCUCUGCUAUUAUCUGUGCCGUUGGAGAGAUUAGCAUCUUCAACAUUAAAUGUUCAUUUAAAACCAACUUUUUUUUUGUUUGUUUGUUUGUUUUAAAUUCAGGAUACAAUAGUCAAGGAAGCCCCAUGAGGCUUUUAGUUUUGUCAGAGCACUGGGUUAUUUGUUUUUGUUUUCUUGGUGCACUCCUGUCUUAUAAGAUCAUCUCUUGAGCGGCGUGCAGUGAAGUCUCUUCACUGGCUUUGUCCAGAGCAUUGUCAUUUGUCUUCCUUUCUAUGCGGCCUGUUUUCAAGGUUAAACUGCUCGUCAUCUGAAAUGCACAGAAAAUGAGUCUUUGAAUCCAGCCAAGUGCAACACUAUUAAAUGGUUCCUUCUUCAUAAGUGACUUUCACUGAAGCUCAGACAAUCCCUCUCCAAGUGUCCAACUCUACAUCACAGUCUUUUGAUCCAUGUAUUUAUUUAGUGUUUUACUGUCCAUGUUGCCUUAAACUCUUCACAGAGGGUUUCCAGACAAUAAGCACAAGGUACUAAAGGCGCUUACCAGAGUCUGAAUCCAGAAAGGGGCUCUCGCUCUCCCUUUUUCAUCUCUGAUUGGAUUUAAAGAGUCCUUGGCCAAAAACAUGUAGUUGGGUUAUCUUGAUCCUUGUAGACAUUUUGCUUUUAAUUUUUCAUCUUUUUUUUUUUUUUUUUUUUAAGGUUUUUAAUUUCUCAUUACACAUGUACUCAUACCAUUUGAAAAAUAUUGUAAGUUAUAGUUUUGUACUAUAUUUUAGUACAGGUUGGGUAUUAGUAUCAGGAUAUUAGUAUCUUGGAUCUGCUGUAUGGUAUGUGUGUGUGUGUGUGUGUUGUGGUUGUGUUGUUAAAUAUAUGAAUUGUAUGGUUAUCACUACAGAGGGGGCAGCUCAACUUUGAGAGCAAUCAUGAACUUCUCAAAUGGAAUGUAUAAAUGUAUAUUCAUCAAAGCAAAAAUUUAUAUUUUUGGCACAUGGUUAUGCCAAAGCAGUCUGUGUUUUAGUGGUUGUUUUUUUAAAUCAUCAUAUGACUCUUUCAGGAGAUGUUUUUUUGUUUUUUUUGGUUUUUUUUUCAGCGUGAGACAUUCCUUUUUCUGUGAGAUGUUCUCACAGUUAUGCCAUUUUUUGGUUCCAUGUGCCAGCUGCAAUCAAUAACAUAAUGAAACCUUAAACCUAAAAACCAGCGGCAGGGCAAGAAACUGGCUCCUCCCUGGACUGCUAGUAUGCAGAAUAAGCUCUUGUGUACUUUUGCCGAAUAUUUCGCACAGUGUAUCACCAAACCCUUCUCAAAUACACUCUACACAGUGA